GGCCGGAAUUAGGCUGUUUAAGUGCGACAAGCCGUAAAGUGCUUCGCCAGGGGGAACUGUGCGAGGAAUGUGAAACUCUAACUAAUAAAAACACCGGGUAGGAUUUACACACAAGCUGAUGUAAAAUCAUGCCCCACUUGACUUCAAUAAAUGGAUUGGAUUAAGCAGUAUCUGUGAUGGUUUCAAAAUUAUAACACCCUUAAAAAAGGGAAAGGAAAAUACUGUGAAAGACUGAACAGGAUACUGCCUGAAAUGAGUCGCUUCAUCGCAAGCCACCACAGCAAGGCCAGAUUUCAUCAGUAUUUAACUGAAACCGAACGGCUCCAUAUCCGGAUCUAGCGGAAUGCUGGCUGGCCUAGCUGGAGAUAUUGGUAUCGUUAUUGAUCGCAGAUCCCUGGUGUGUGUCGGUGGAUGAUGUGGGACUGCACUCCUUAGGAAGGGCAUUGUUACAGGGACUCCAUGAAGCCCAGGGCUCGCUGUCCUUGCCCAUGCCUGUGAUCCCCAUCCCUCGGCGGGUGCGCUCGUUCCAUGGGCCCCACACCACUUGCCUGCACUCUGCCUGCGGGCCAGUGCGCACCACUCAGCUUGUGCGCACCAAGUACAACAACUUUGACCUGUACCUGAAGUCACGCUGGAUGUAUGGCUUCAUUCGUUUCCUCCUCUACUUCAGUUGCAGUCUCUUCACCUCCAUCCUGUGGGUAGCGCUUUCUGCCCUGUUCUGCCUGCAAUAUGUAGGCAUCAGGGUCUUCCUGCGCUGCCAGUACAAGCUCUCCAUUGUCCUGCUGCUCCUGGGCCGCCGCCGCCUGGACUUCAGCCUGCUCAAUGAACUCUUCAUCUAUGGUAUCCACGUCACCAUGCUGCUGGUUGGAGGGCUCGGCUGGUGCUUCAUGGUCUUUGUGGACAUGUAGCUGAGUAUCACAUUGACAGACUUCCUUUAUACUGCAUAUCACAGAUGUCUCUCUCCUUCUCUCUCUCUCUCUCUCUCUCUCUCUCUCUCUCUCUCUCUCUCUCUCUCUCUCUCUCUCUCUCUCUCUCUCUCUCUCUCUCUCUCUCUCUCUCUCUCUCUCUCUCUCUCUCUCUCUCUCUCUCUCUCUCUCUCUCUCUCUCUCUCUCUCUCUCUCACUGUUUCUCUCUAACACAUUAUAUAUGUGUGUAGGGGAGCAUUCCUUACUUGGAUUUAUUUAUUUGUGAUAGAAGUUCUUACAAACAUUGCAUGUGUGAAGUUCAGAUUAAACAAACAUUUAUCUUU